GAGUCGAGAUAAGUGCUGACGAAGCAUGUAAAUGUUAAAUAAAAUAGGACCAAUAAUUGAGCCUUGGGGAACUCCACACCUUAUGUUGGUCCACCCAGAUGCAUAAUUACCAAUUGAGACAAAAUAGUUCCUGUCCUGAAGAUGGGACUUGAACCACUUUAGUACUGUGUCUGAAAGCCCAACCCCCUGCACCUUGUGUCCUGUCCCUGCCUGUUACUUGAAUCCUGAUCCUGUUUUAUUUUUCUGGGUAAUCUGUAUUAUGCUACCUGUGUUGUGACUCACUGCCUGUUCCUGACCUGCUCUUCUGUAAUGCCCUUUUAGAUCAGUUUGACUGUUCGGACUGCCGUCCCAUUUCUAACCUCGUUAGACUGGCCAUUGCCUUAAGUAAGUUUCCCUUAAUCCUACCUGCUUGCCUCAUUACAGGGAGGGGGUUUGUGCCACUGGCUGUCAAAGGCCAGGAGGUGCAACAGGUUUAUACCAUCUCCUCCUCUAAAAAGUGGACAACACCAUCUCCAUCAUCAAAAAAGGUUCACCAGAAAGGUAGAAUUGUAGGUUGUUGAGGGUUGGAAGCUUCAGAUCUCUUGGGCUGGGAAAAAAUAUUUGUUACUGAAUUUCCCACUCUUUCUCUCUUUGAUGAACAUAAGACUCAAACUCAGAAGUAAAUUCUUUAAACUAAAUUUGGCCAAUUAUAAAUCAUACCAGGGUGACUGUCUUGAGCUAGUGGCUGCUAGAUUCCAAAACAAACCAAAUACUGUAAUAUUUUGCCUGCUAAUUUGAUAUUUCAGUGCAGUGGAGAAGGGGCAGAUCAUAGAUGAAACUUUCCAGAAUUGUGUUAAUGGCCAGCAGAAUAGUUGGCAAAACCCAGAAGUCCUUGAUUCAACUGUUUAAGGAAAGGACGAGGAAGAAGGAAAGUAGUAUCCUGGCCUCUUAGCUCCCGGAGGUACUAAAGAGUGCCUCUGGAAACUAAAAGCGUAUUUAAGAAGUCCUUCAUUCCAAGUGCCAUCAUUAUUCUUAACUUUGCAAAGUGACUGAUGAGAACUAAGCCUCAGACAUGAACUGUGUUUUAUGUGUAAUGUGACUUUGUCUAAGUGUUUGUUUUACUGACUGCUUCGCUGUCUCUAUGUUGUAAGAAUCAUGUGUAGUGUGUCUUCAUGUUUUGGUGAGCUGAAGACAAUUUUCCACCCUGGUGGACAAUAAAGAUCUAUUCUAUUCUAUUCUAUUCUAAACUCAAAGGAGAUACAUGUAUUCGCCUCUGAUGGUGAAAUAAAGUUAUUUUACUAGCUUAUUUAUUUUGCAAGUUCAGGGUGUAUAUUUGUUGGCAGAAGGUGAGGUGUGGACUGUUUUGGUAAGCCAAUGUAAGAUACAUAUUUGUCCCAAUGGGCAAAUUUGUUUUGGAUCACACUGCAGUUCCACACCUGAUUGUCAUGUGCCAGCACAUCACUCUGUUGGAUAUAUAUGCCUGUACACUUACCCUUAGCCAGAUCAUCAACGUUGCUUUGAGCCUUUUCAUUCAGCCACCUGGACCCGAACCUGAACAUCGUUUUACCCUUUUACAGCACAAACAGCGUAUCAAGAACAAUGAAACACGGUUCAGUUCUGCUGUUGCUGCUCUUCCUGGGGACGUGCUCGGCUUACACCUACAAAAAUGUGGCCUUGCGUGGAAAAGCAACUCAGUCAUACCGCAACCAGGGAUCGCCUUGGUCUGUUUUUGGAGCUGCUUCCAAUGCCAUUGAUGGAAACCGUGAAUCUAAUUACAAGGCCGGUUCAUGCAGCCACACUACAGCACAGACCAACCCCUGGUGGAGGGUGGACCUGUUGGAGUCCUACGUGGUCACCUCUAUCAUCAUCACCAACAGAGGAGACUGCUGUGCAGACAGGAUCAGUGGGGCAGAGAUUCACAUCGGUAACUCUUUACGAGACAAUGGUGCCAGAAACCCAGUGGUUAGUGUAAUUCCUCGUAUCCCAGCAGGCAGGUCUUAUACAGUAACUGUUACAAAACACGUGGAGGGACGUUAUGUGACUGUGGUUUUACCUGGUAAAGGAAGGAUGCUCACACUCUGUGAAGUGGAAGUCUACGGGUACCGUGCCCCAACUGGAGAGAACAUGGCACUUCAAGGAAAAGCCUCACAGUCAUCAUUGUAUUCAUAUCUUGGCAAUCCAUAUAAUGCUAUAGAUGGGAGUCGUGACAGUAAAUUGUCAGACGGCUCCUGCACUUACACAAAAUACACGCCCAGUCCCUGGUGGCGAGUGGACCUGCAGAAAACACAUAAAGUGUUUUCUGUUAAGAUAACCAAUGAAGCUACAUACCCAAAACGACUUGAUGGAGCUGAGAUCCGCAUCGGAGAUUCUUCUGUGAACAAUGGCAACAGCAAUCCCAGGUGUGCUGUGAUCACACACAUCCCUGGAGGUUUUACCCAAACGUUUGACUGUAAGGGGAUGGAGGGUCGCUACGUCAGCAUAGUCAUUCCUGGAAAAACCCAGUACCUGACCCUGUGUGAGGUGGAGGUGUAUGGCUCUGAACUGGAUUAGAUCUGACGAAGUUCAAAAUAUACAACAACUUACAUUGCCGAUAUUUAGCUGAUGCUCUUUUAUAGAUUCUGGUUGCAAUCAUAGCUUAAGCUUCACUUAUGACAUUGACAUUAUUAGAGACAACAUAUAGUUAGAGCACAUUAAAACUGCAUUAGUAAAGUUCGACCACUAGGAGGCAGAAUAAUUCUAAAACAAGCUGACAAACACAGCCCUGACAACAUCAUCUAGCUGAAUAAAAUUGUUGUGGCUAAUAUGUUAGCAAACAGUUGCCCAUUUACACAUCCUGUCAACACAAACAUAACGUUAGCAUUCAUUUGGAGUCAUGUAUCUGCCCACAAGAUGAAUGUGAAUUCAAUAUUCAGUCUCUUUUUAGCUCUAGUUUGGUGUCCAUGACUCCUGAGAAAAAUAUCUGUUCUAUAGCUACUAGAUACUAGAUGAGGAGCUGAACUUGUCAUACUUCCUCCAAUUCAUAAUAUUAUGUCUGCUGCAAAACAUGAACCUUUUGCACUUGAUUUCACAUAAUUCUUGUUUUUCUGUUUUUAAUGUAUGGGUUUGGCACCUGGACAUUGGUUCUGGCAAUUCCCACCUUUUAAUCUAUUGUCCAAUAUGUUUGAACUGUUCAACCUUCUGCCCAAUAACAAACAUACAUCUAUCGUAAGGUGACUACAUAUGUGUGUUUGCCUUAUGCCUUUGUCCUCUUUGAUUCUGAUGUAGACCCAGUAGUGUUGAAACAUUAGUCUGCUUGCAUUAUUAAAGGCUGCAUAUCAAUCAGUGUGGUCCUGUCUUUUCUCUCUGAAGUGUGCUGUGGGUUUAUCAGAGCCUUUUGAGUAGUGAGACUAAACCAUACAAAUGUGUAAAACCAAAACAAGAAGCAAAACAGGCUAAAAGGCUCUG